GAAUUGAAUUUGAAGUUGAUUGUGAUUUGUGAAUUGUUAUGACCGAUUUUAAUUUUAGGUUUAGUUUUAACAUUUACCAUCAGUGCAGUGUUCACUGUUCAAGUUCAGUCCAUCGUCAAAUAUUAAUUACCUUCGAUAUGUUAAAUUGCUUUGGUUUCAAUAGUUGUUUAUGAUCUUCCUAAUUUUGUUUAAAAUAAAUAUUUCAACAUGUUAGGAGUAUUUUUGUAUAUUUUCGAAGUGAAAAAAGAAUUAUUAGUAUGUUUUUCGUUAUCAUUGUUGUACAUAACCUAUUAUCUCGUGGAAGUCGUCAAGAAGCCAACGUUGAUUUGUCGCAAAGGAGAGUUUCGACAAUUUUUGGAAGAAAAUGUUCCAAUAUUGAGUGAGCCCUACUGGCCGACACCUUGGUGUGUCGAGUCUAGAUUACAAACUGUUUUAGGCUCAGUUUUGCGAUCACAUUUGCUUUCACAUAUACACUAUCGGCGGGAAAUACUGCGAUUGUCUGACGGUGGGCAAGUAGCUCUCGACUGGGCGGAAAUCGAAGAGGAAACUGAAGAUGGCAGUCCCCGGCCGGUGAUGCUCGUGCUGCCCGGGCUCACGGGUGGCUCGCAGGCCGACUACGUGCGUUGUCUAGUGGCUGCAGCCCGCCAGCUCGGAGCGCACUGCGUCGUGUUCAACAACCGCGGCCUCGGUGGCCUGCCCCUCACGACACCACGGCUGUACUGCGCCGUGUCGCACGCCGACCUGGCAGAGGUGGUGGAGGCCGUGAGCGCGCGCGGGUCGCCGCUGCUGGCGGUGGGAGUGUCGCUGGGCGGACUCAUCCUCGGGCACUACCUCACCGAGCACGCGGAGCGCGCCGCCGUCGUUUUGCGCGCGGCUUUCGUCGUCUCCUCGCCGCUGGACGUCAUCAAAGGAGCGGAGUGCAUCGAGCGGCCGCCGCUAAACACGCUGCUGUCGUGGCACAUGGCACGCAACCUGCGCAACACGGUGCGCGCACACGCGCCCCUGCGCCGCGGCCCGUGGGACUGGGCCGCGGUCGAGCGCUGUCGCUCGGUUCGACAGUUCGACCAGGCCUUCACCACCAAGCACUUCGGCUUCCCGUCCGUGGACGACUACUACCGCGCCGCCACUCUGCGCGACAAGCUGUCGCGCGUGCGCGUGCCCCUGCUGUGCCUGUGCGCCGCCGACGACCCCUUCCAGCCGCUGGACGUGCUGCCGCUGGCGGAGGCGGAGCGCAGCGCCUGCGUGGCGCUGGCGGUGACGGCUCGCGGGGGCCACAUCGGGUUCCUGGAGGGCUGGUGGCCGGCGCCGCCCGCUCGCGCGCCGCACGCGCAGUACAUCGCGCGCAUGUGCCGGCAGUACUUCGCCGCCCUGCUGGCGCGGCCGGCGCCGGGGGAUCGUUAAUGAAGCGACGGCUCCACAGGUGUUGCUGUCUCUAGAUCAUUGUUAGGAAUUUCUUUGACUGAAGUUUACCUGAGUGAUAAGAUUCCUUCGACGGCAAUAUCGUUAACUGUUUCGCAGCAAUAGAUUCAUUACUUCUGUUAGAUUUAUACGACCAAGUUUCUGUCGACGACGAUACGCUGUAAAGCACGAGCACUGAACGGCAUUUAAAAUUAAGUAUUAUAUUGUUUUGUUGCACAGAGUUGUAUAAAGUAAAAUAUAUAAAUAAAUAUACAUAUUAUUAUACGGUGGCAACUGGCGCAGAGAGCCAGUCUGUUGUGAUAUUGUGAAUAAGUAACCAGUGAAAACCGCUGUAACAGCAAUUGUAGGCGUCAAGAAGCAGUAUGGUUAGGUUAAGACAAGACAUUAUUUUAUUUGAGAGUCCUAAGUGUAAAUGUAGGUUGAAAAAUUAUUUACAGCAAGAAAUUUAUUUACAGAGCUUCUCACCCGAGUGAAAGAUUAAAUAUAAGUGUUGUGUAAAUUGAGACUGAACGAUCUUUCACGCCUACUCCUGUAUGUGAUACUAAUAAAAUGGGACAGAAAUUAUCGAAAUGGCGUUGCAGGUUCCGAUAUUGUGAUUAUACAUUUGUACGAGUCAUUUUUACAUUUCGCUCUAUCGACAUUCCCAUUUUACGUGCAUCGAAUACUUUAAAUAAAACACGAGAGAGAGGGGAUGAAUGAAAAUAUCAAUAUUAUUUAUGGCAUGAAUAUUUAUUGUAUGUACAAUGUUUUCGUCCAAAGAGAUAAUAAUUAACAAAUCUGUGAUGUUAGAGCACAACGCACGGCCUGCGCUUAAUAUAGUCCGUCGGCGGAGCGCGUACUAGGAUAGGUGUUACCGUCGUUACAUUAAAUAUUUAUACGUCGUUAUCGCGCUCGACCGCACAUAUCUGAGUUUUUAUCGUUUAUAUUGAAUAAAUAUGCAUCGAACCGAA